GCUUCUCCUCAACGAUCCGCCAUCAUUCGCAGCAUUCCUUCCCAGCUCCCGUGCUCGACUCCCUUGAUCCACUCUCUGCUCGAUGGCGCCCCUCGGUGACGGAGUCGCUUCCGCGGCGGCGGCCGCCCCAGGCCUGGUGGUCUCCUUCGGCGAGAUGCUCAUCGACUUCGUGCCCGACGUGGCCGGCGUCUCGCUCGCCGAGUCCGGCGGCUUCGUCAAGGCCCCCGGCGGCGCGCCCGCCAACGUCGCUUGCGCCGUCUCCAAGCUCGGCGGCUCCUCCGCCUUCGUCGGCAAGUUUGGCGACGACGAGUUCGGCCACAUGCUGGUGGACAUCCUGAAGCAGAACGGGGUGAACGCGGAGGGCUGCCUGUUCGACCAGCACGCGCGCACCGCGCUGGCCUUCGUCACCCUCAAGUCCAACGGCGAGCGGGAGUUCAUGUUCUACCGCAACCCGUCGGCGGACAUGCUCCUCACCGAGGCGGAGCUGAACCUCGACCUGAUCCGCCGCGCCCGCAUCUUCCACUACGGCUCCAUCUCGCUCAUCACCGAGCCCUGCCGCUCGGCGCACGUGGCCGCCAUGCGCGCCGCCAAGGCCGGCGGCAUCCUCUGCUCCUACGACCCGAACGUGCGCCUGCCGCUCUGGCCCUCGGAGCAGGCUGCCCGUGACGGGAUCUUGAGCAUCUGGAAGGAGGCUGACUUCAUCAAGGUCAGCGAUGACGAGGUGGCCUUCCUGACACAGGGUGACGCGAACGACGAGAAGAACGUCCUCUCGCUUUGGUUCGAGGGACUCAAGCUCCUCAUUGUCACCGAUGGUGAGAAGGGGUGUAGGUACUUCACUAAGGACUUCAAGGGGUCCGUGCCAGGGUACUCCGUCCAGACCGUCGACACAACCGGCGCCGGUGACGCCUUCGUCGGCUCUCUCCUCCUCAACGUCGCCAAGGACGACUCCAUCUUCCACAAUGAGGAGAAGCUGAGGGAGGCGCUGCAGUUCUCCAACGCGUGCGGAGCCAUCUGCACCACCAAGAAGGGAGCCAUCCCGGCACUACCAACAACCGCCACCGCCCUGGAGCUCAUCAGCAAGGGCAGCAACUAAGCGAGCUGGUCGUCGUCGUUGUGUUGCGCCUUCGGGGUUUCAGUUUAGGUGAAUGUAGCUGCGUUUUAGAGAGUUCUCUCAUGACUCUGUGCGUGCUUCGAGUUGAGUUUAGUGUGUGUUGAGACCUCGUGGGCGCUUAAUAAAAAGCAAGCAUGCGUGGUGGUUGUAAGUGCUUCCGUUUGGCGGCUAUCUUGUCUAUGGAGGCUACUGGUAUUGUAGCCUUCACCUCGAAUUUAUCAAUGUGUAUUGCAAUGGAUGGACUUGUGAUCGGAAAGAAAAUUUUCAUUGUA